AUGGCGACUAUAUCGAACAUCCUGUCGCUGCCCUUCCGCAAAUCCACACAACUUUCGCUGUCCUCGACGAUACGGCAGUACAUCAACACCAAAUAUGACCAGCACCCGGACAUGUUCCGGCAGGACCUUGAGGUCAUCGAUGCCCUCCGACGCGAUGCGGUCAACGUGAGGGAGCCGCACCCCAGCGGCAUCAAGAAGCUCCAGGCCUACGCCGGACAGCUGGUGUGGAUCGGUGGAAAGUUCCCGAUCGACAUCGGCGCCGAGUUCACCUGGUACCCAGCCCUGGGCUACAACACCGAGCGACCGAUGGUCCGCAACAACCUCAAGUACGAGCUCAUGAACAUCCUCUACAACCUCGCCUCCCUCUACUCCCAGCUCGCCGUCGCCCAGUCCCGCACCGGCACCGAGGGCCUCAAGACCGCCGCGGGCUACUUCUCGUCCGCCGCGGGCGUGCUCCAGCACAUGCAGAAGGAGAUCCUCCCCGAGCUGCGCAUGUCGGACCCGCCCGAGGACAUGGACGCCAACACGCUCGAGUCGCUGGCGCAGCUGCUGCUCGCGCAGUCGCAGGAGUGCUUCUGGCAGAAGGCCGUUAUGGACGGGUACAAGGACGCCAUCAUCGCCCGGCUGGCGGCGCGCGUGUCGGACCUGUAUAACUCGGCGGGCGAGGCGGCGAUGAAGAGCGAGGCGAUCAGCUCCGCGUGGAUCCACCACAUGAGCGCGAAGCACCACCACUUUGCGGGCGCCGCGCAGUACCGCGCCGCAUGCGACUGCCUGGAGAAGCGGAAGUAUGGCGAAGAGGUGGCGAGGUUGCAGGAUGCUGUGGCGUGCGUCAACGAAGGGCUGAAAGAGAGCAGGGGCGGGUACCUCAACAAAGCUGUGCUCGAUGACCUGAACGGCCUGAAGAGGAAAGUUGAGGAGGAUCUGAAGCGGGCGGAGAAGGAUAACGAUGUGAUUUAUCUCAAUCCCGUACCGCCCAAGUCUGAACUCAAGAUCCUCGACAGGGCGAACAUGGCCAUCGCCAAGGUUCCGCCUCAAGUGGGCAACCCGUUCGAUUACCUCGGAGACCAGGCCGAGUUCGGGCCCGCCCUCUUCACGAAGCUGGUACCGUUCUCUGUGCACGCAGCCAUCACCAUCUACGAACAACUCCGCGAUCGCAUUGUCAACGAGAAUAUUAUUGGUCAGAUGGAGACUCAGACUGAGAAGCUCCACCAGAUUCUCAGCUCUAUCAACCUGCCGGGCUCAUUACAGGCCCUCGAGAAGCCUCUCGGUCUACCUCAUAGUUUGGUCCAUCACGCCGAGGAGAUUCGCCAGGCUGACGCUAUUGGACGCAUCCAGCGAGCGUUCUCCGAUAUCGACAAACUCCGGAAUGCAGAUAUUUCAGUCUUCAAUGAGGGCAAAGCUAUCCUUACAGCAGAGGAGGAAGAGGACCAGAGGCUUAGACGGAAGUACGGCACCGACAGGUGGUCGAGACCAGACAGUCGGAGCGAUCCUCAGGGCGCUGCGUUCUGGGGACAAGUGGCAGAAAUCGAGGGUUACUUUGCCAGCAGUACGAGCAGUGACGCACUUGUGCGAGAGAAGUAUAGAGAGGUCCAGGACUUGCUGGAGAUGCUGUCCGGGUCGGACCGAGCUCUCAUGGACUAUGUCCCUUCAAGCAGGCGGAUGGACAUCCCCGAGCCAUUGAAGCCAGUCAUAGGAAGAUUGCGCGGGGCCUACAACGAUGUCCUCCGUCUUGAAUCGCGAAGGAGAAAGAAGGCCGAGGCACUGAGGGAGAAGGCAAGAACGGACGACAUCAAGCCCGACAUCCUCAAAGAGGCUGCCCGUCUUGAGCGGACGUACCCGACAACAGCCAUCGUCCCGGCGCACUUUGAAGAGUUUUUCGAGAAGCGUCUUGACAAGCUCUAUGACGGAGACAUUGAAGCCGUGGCAAAGGAAGAGGACGAGCAGGACCGGCUCAUGACGGAGGUGCACCGGGUCAACCGGGAGUUCGAGAGCCAGAAGAAGAAUCUUACCAGCGGCAGCAGGGAGCGCGAGCAAGCAUUGCAGAGGUUGGACAAUGCUUAUUACAAGUACAAGGAGAUUGUCAACAAUGUGGACGUGGGCCGCAAGUUUUACAACGACCUGAGUAAGGUAGUCGGCCAGAACUUCCGGGACCCGGUCAAGGCGUGGGCUGCGGAGCGGCGGAUGGACGCAAAGAGUCUCGAAGAGGAGGUCACCAUGCCGCCUCUCGGCUCUCUCAAUAUCAACAGAUCCCCAGUCCACUCGCCCGCUGGCUCAACGUACGACCAACGCACAAACAAUUCCUACUUCAAUGCCAGUGUCGUCCCCGGCUCCUCACCGCCUCAGCAGCAGCCCUCAAGACAGGAGGUGGUGCAUCCUCCCGCCGAGGCACACAUUCAGUCAUGGGCGGGCUCGACCGUCGAACCGCAACACCCCAGGCCAACUAGCAUGUGGCAGCCUGACAUGGGGAUCAAGUUCUCGGCACCAGCCGGCUCAUCGGCUGCCCCCACCACGCAGCAAGCGCAGGGAUCGGGGAGCAAGCCCCCGCAGGGCGGCACCUGGGACCCGGGCUCCGGAAUAAGAUUCGGAUAG